AUGAGCGACAACGAAUACUGCGUUUAUCCUCGCGCACGAAGCGUCGAGCAGCGAGCAAGCGCUGUGGCGGCCUGGCGACAAGACGUUCUCAGCAAUGGGCAAACAGAUUCGACGAAAAAUAAUUUCUCUUCGCCCUACAGCAACAUCUUCCCCUCUCUUCCUCAGGAGUCCAUCACAUCCCCUUCGAACAUUUCGUCCAGACCAUCUCAUAUGGGUUUCGGCGCGGUUGCAGACUCCCUCGUUGAAACACGAGACCGCAUCCGACGCAAUAGGGAGCAAGACACCGCCGGUCAUCAAGCCCAGGGUCGGUCCGACUCUAAAAGGACACCACCCGACGUCAAGCAGGGACCCACAGACAUGUCGGCUAACCCCAAUGAGAUCAUCGGCACCCGCCUCUCCGCUUGGUCUGUUCAAGAGACGAACACUGCGCGCCAUCGCGAGAGUCCAUUCAAAGGUCCUUCUCCUGCCGACAUCCAGAUUCAUGAUUCGCCCUUCCCAGUCCGCGAACCCUUGGCCUCAACACUGUUGCGAGUCCCUCUACCUCCCCACUCGCUUUCCAGCACUUCUCACCCCUCCGGGCAACAGUCACCUUCGCUCUCGUCGCGUUCAUCGUUGCCUUUUCUUUCCCAAGCAGCCGAUACCGACUCCACCAGCAAUAGGACAACCGGGCCACCGUCUUCCAUUCCAGAAAGCAAGCAUGUUGCAAGACUGACAUUGAGCGUCCGUGGGACCGGGACAUUCGAUGUCUCCCUCAAGGCGGAUAGGGACUCAGCCAGUGACGGGGUCAAGACCGAAAUUGGAGUUGAUGGGUCCGUCUCCCUUGGUCUGACAUGCUCUAUCCAGUAA